AUGACAAGUCGUUUUGAAUGUAUACCGAGAAAAAUAAAGAGGAUAACGUCUCACAAGGAUGAUAACUUGGAAUCUAGAAUUCAACAGACUUAUAAUUUUUAUCGAACGAUUAUCCAUCCUUCAAUUUUAAGGCUAAACAAUGAAAAAGGUUAUAAGCAAUUACCUGCUAAAAUUGUUAUCUACCAUGUUUACCAAUAUUAAAACUUUAAAAAUUAAAAUGCAUGAUUUAUUUCAGAGAAGCUCAAUUAUGCAUUGUGGUUAAGUCGAUUAGACAACGAGAGACAUAAAGAAAGACAAAUACAUUUUAUCAAAAUCGUAUUCAUAUCGUUGAAAAGAAAUCAUCCAUUUUAUAUAUUUUUAAAUCCUCCACCCGAAGAUUUAACUGAAUUAAAUUUGGGUGAUGAAAAUACGGUAAUAAUUUACAACUUACAUACAUUCCUAUAAUAUAUAUGUAUAACUUAUACAUAAAUAUUGUAUUUUUUUUAUUAUCAUUAUGAAAUCCAUAAUCGAGUUGAUCUUUUUUAAAAGUAGUAUUCUUUUAUUCUUAGGUGGAAACGAUUGAAAUACUACACAAUAGCGAUACGAAAUAUAGUCUUUUAAACGAUGAAACAAUACUACAAAAAACGAAAUUCAAACGCUUUGCUGCCGUCGCUACAGAUAUGAAUUCGUAUGCCACGGUUAAAAUAUCAAAAUAUCUAGCGCAAUCGUUCUACGUAAUGUCCGAUUUUCCAAUUAAUAUCUGGUACAACCCAACAAAUAUCGCGACACCGAAUAACCUUGAUCAUAAUGACUGGGAACUGUUUUUGAAUCAUUUUGAUAUAGUGUCUAAGUUAGACGAUUUUUAAUUAUAAAUUGGUAAUUGUAUUUAUUCAAUUAAUAUAAUGGUUUGAUUUGUUUUAGGGGUAAAACUGCAAUCAAACAUCAAAAUAAGUAAUUAAAAAAAAAAAAAAUAAAUAAUAAAUGCAAUAUAAUUUUUUAUCAGUAUUUUAAUUGUUAGUAUUCGUUGUUUUCAGUUGUGAAGACAUAAUGAAAUUAGACCAAGUAUCAAAAGAAGGUGCCAAUAGUUUUGUUUGGCAUCCACACAGUGUGCUGAAAGACUGUCACAGACCAAAACGUUCAGCAGGAUUCGAUGAAAUUGAUGUGUUAGUAAUUUUCACAUUGUUAUUUUACUUAGGUUUAAGAGAUAUCACCACUUUUUUGUUUGUUUGUUUCGAACGUUAUACAACAUAUGUAUUCCAUAUUUCCACACUCAACAAAUGCAACUCCUUUGUUGAAUUAAAGGCAAAGGGAUCUAUUAAACAUUUUGUAAAAAAGAGUAUUAACUAUGCGUUGACCGAAUCAUUUUUUAUCGAACUUUCUCCGACAGAGACUAUUGCACUCUAUUGGGUCAGUUGUACAUUAUGAUCAAUCCACGAUAAAACACUCGGAAAGUAUCUAUAUUAUUUUCGGGGGUUCAUUUUUGGACAAUUUCUGUCAUAAGUAGUGUCAAAAUGUUAUAUUACCGUUUUUUUUGUCAUUUUUAUGUUUCGGACUGAAAUCGCUAUCCAUUUUCAAUUUUAAAAAACUCCAUAGGUAAAUCAGGGUUUAGUUUAAAUAAAUUUUGACGUUGAAAUUUAUCAUUUCCGUCAUCCCAUUGACGAUAUAUUCUGUUUUUAAAUUUAGGCAGGGGAAGAGUAGUGAAGCGUAAUAUACCUGGCAGCAUCGUAUGCGACAUUUAAAAAUAUACAUUUUUUAAAGUAGUUCAACUAUAGGGAACUCACGUCCUAUGUCAUCUACACGAAAAACGUAUAUACCAUUACUGUUUGUUCACGUCAUAUGUUAUCUAUAAUAUUCCAUCCGGAAUUUAAAAUGUCAACAAAAAAUAUAAAAUUAAGUUAUAUUUUCGAUAGAAAUUUCGACAUUUUGCAAACGAAUGGACAUGGCCGUAGGUAUAGUCACGCAUACCGAGGUUUAAUUUUAAAUUUGAAACACUAAUUUUAUUACACCAGUAUCGGGUCUUGAUCUGCAGGUUUAUAUUAAACUAAACGAAGUUGGCUCGAGUUGGCCAGCGAAUACGGCAGAACAUUGUAGCGAGUGGACGUCAAUAACUCUGAAAACUUUAAGAACCAUAAUAUUGUCCAAAAUUUCGUGUAUUAUAGACAUUUAUAAUUACGCGAGAAUAUCUUAUUAUACACAGAAACGGCUCCAGAGAUUUGGUUUGGGGGGGGGGGCUAAAUCAUAUUUUUCAGAAAAUAUUCCAUAGUAUAAAUAGUAAAUAUCUCUAAUUACACAGUUUUACGGCGUCCGUAAUAGUCGAUAAUACAAUGUUUUAUUUUAUUAUUUUUAAGUUUUUUCACAAAAAUGUGAGUUUGGAAGUACCACGGUCCCUAGGGCCUCUCUAUAGCCGCCCUAGACGAUACAGAUGUCGUCUAUGACGCAGAUAACACAAUCAACGUUCGUGUAAAAAACGUAUGAAGCGAGUUCAAAUUAUUGUAGUAUAGUAGUGUAUUAUUUAUUAUGAUAAUUCGUUAUUUAUUGUUUUGUUAAGAAUUUCUACAUUAUUAAAAGACUGACAAACUUUACACAAUGGGUGGGCAACUGUUGUUGGUGAGAAGUUAAGAUGGUGGGAUAUAGAGGGGAAUUUAAUAGUUUAAUUUAUAUCUGUAUGCAACAAUUAAAAGUUCCUAACGAAAAACGAUUCUGAGCGGAGUUCGGUUAUACAUGUUUUAAAAAAGCGUAAUAUUUACAAUUGCCGUCAAAAUUGCAUAUUAAAAUUCUUAAAAUAAUUUUACAUUACACACAAAGUUUUUUUUUUUUACCACAGAGUACGACUUAUAAUGAACCACCUGUUUUUGUCAAACAGGAAUUAUUAUACCACUUCAAAUAUAGAAUGUAUAUUAUUGUGUAUUUAAUAAAUAAUCAGUAAUAGGUAGGUACUUGGUUAAGCUAGAUGUCAGCUAUUAUCAUUUGUAUGUUUAUACAUUUUUUAUUCCGAGUUAGUAAAACCAAAUAAUAAAAAUUGUAUUUUUUCUUAAUUAGAAUACAAAAGUAUAAUAUUUACUUUAAAUUUGAAAUAAAUUAAGAAUUACUCUAUCAGAUCCUAUUUCAUAAAUUCCAGAAGUACAUAAUAUUAUGUUUAUCUUUUAUUUUUAGAAACAUAUCAAAUCAACAACUCACCCAACAACAAAUUGACGAAUCCGCAUUUAGUAUUGUACACAAGAAAACAUUUCCUGGUUAUAAGAUACUUAAUCCUAGAAUUUAUUCUACUACACUUAUGCCAAACCCAGAAUUUGUUUUUAACACGACUGGCGUAAAAAUUACUUACAACAAAACGCCUAGAAUUUUAAACAAAAAUGAUCAAAAAGUCCAAGACGAAAAGAGCGCUUGUUUUCCACUUAAGCAACAAAAGAGUGAAAGCAGCUGUGGAAACAACGAUGACAAAACAAAUAUAAAAUCAGUAUGUAAUAGAUCUACACAAAAUUCAAAUAAUUGUCAAAAAUCAUCUAUUAAUACUACCCAAGCACAAACGCCAAGAGUUAAAGCAGGAAACAGUUCCGAUUUGGAACUUAACAAGACGUAUACUUGUAACUUAUCACAUGGCAAUGGCCCUUCUUUCAGUUUAAAGCUAUUAAGCAAAAGUUUAGAUUCUGAAAAUAGCAGAAUGAAACACAAGCUAAGAAAUGUAUCGUGUCACAAUAAACAAUGCCAAGAGGGCAAACAUUUGAAUCAAACAAAUAAUAACCAACCAACAGUAGAAAACGAUCAAAGUAAUGUAUCAAAUUCACAUAGUUCAUUAUUGAAUGAUAGUUCGAAUUACGAAUGGACAAUGUCUAGUAAUGAAAUGUCAAUGGAUCAAAAUACUGUACCGAUUGACACUGGUACAAAUAGAAGUCCACAUCAUCAAUCUCAUCAAACACGUAGAAUGCCAAUGGAAAACCAAAACGACCAACUUUCUAAUGUUAGAUCUAGUAAUCAAAAUUCGAGAAAAAAUAAGAAAUGUCAUAACGACGAGCAUCAUACUUAUCAUGAACAUGGGGAACAAAAAUCUCGCCACAAUAAAACAAAUGUAUCGUCACAUUUAAACCGAACACAAAAUAAAGAAUGUAGAAACGGUAGUAACAGGAGUAAUAAUACAAGUCAACAUCACAAGAUAAGACCUAGAAGUAGUUCUGUACCCAGUUAUUCUAAUAGAGCAUACAAAAAUGGUGAUGCUAAAACAGAGAAGCCACUCUAUGAAAACAAAAACAAUUCACGUCCACCUUAUGAAGAGUCAAACAAAAAUAAAAUUAGCAAUAUAUCUAACGACAAUAUGAAUAAGUCAGUGAUGCCAAAUUUGAAUUGCAAAAGAAACGACACAAUGUGUAGCCCAAGAUACUACGAUAGCUGGGAUAUAGAUGUCGGUAAUUAUUCCGAGUUUUUAGAAAAUUGUAAAUCCAGAACACAAGAUCAAUCAAUGCAAUGCAGAUCUUCAUUAAAUAAGACAUCGAAUUUUCAAAGUGUAUUGUCAGAAUCGUUCGAAAGCACAAGUUCCAGUGACUGGUCUGAAACCUCCAAGUGUGACGCGUUGAACUCCUACAAUAGUUCCGAUUCUCUUUCAACAUUGACUACUACGGGUUCGAGCUCUGAUGAAGAUCAUCAGCCAAAUCGUCCCCCCAUUUAUCCAAUUAGAUCAGAUUAUCGUCAAGAUUUAACUCCAGAUUUAAAUCGUUUCAAUGGUACUAGACGGCUUGAUGGUAUAAAUUUUGAUAAAAGGUUUAACGAAUCUACGAGUAUGGAUUCUGAAGGUUAUGAUUUCACAAACGAGGGAAUUUCAUGUCCGUUUGAUAACACACAACAUCUUGAUAGUCCAAACUUUAAUUUACAUAAUAUCACUCGACGCGAAGAUGAAAUAAAUUACAACAAUACGUUUACUGAAUCCACAGGCCCGGUUUCUGAAGGACAUAACUUCACGAAUGAGGGAAAUUCGCGUAUGUUUGAAAAUUUACAACAAUCUGAUCCCACUGUCAAGUGGCCAAUAUCCGAUCAAAAUUAUCAAGACAUAGAAGAAUUUGAUUUGUCGUAUACGUGUAGUGAUUGGGAACAUCUUAAUUCUGAUGAUGAUUUUUCAAGAAACGAUGUUGAAGAUACAAACAGUUCACAAGCAGUCUACCAACAACGAAGAUUACAAGAUUGGUCGUUCCGCGAAUCAGAUUUAAGAAAUACAAGUAUGCCAGAACUCAGCUAUGACACAAAUUUUUCGGAUUAUAAUGAUUCAAUGGAUGACGAUGAAAGUAGUUUCCGAAAAAAUUAA